AUGAAUCGUUGGAUGACAAAUCUGCCCGUUGAAUUAAAGCGGAAACCACUUCAUAAAUUAUGCAUACCAGGGUCGCAUGAUUCUGGCGCUUAUAAGUUGAAUGUGUCUCUUCCGGUUGGUCACGAUCAGAAUUAUUGGAAACUUCUUCAUCAGAUUGCAAAAAUCCGUGGAGUCAAGACCAUUAUUAAAAAUUGGUCGGAAACUCAGACCCUCUCCAUUAAAGAACAGCUGAACAUUGGCGUGCGGUAUUUUGAUUUACGUAUCGAGUUGGUUGAGAAACCCCCAUUUUGCUCGUUUGAUGACAUAUUUGCGGUACAUGCCUUAUAUGGAGAAUCGGUGCCCUCAUUUCUAAACGACAUCAAAGAAUUCUUGGAUGCCAAUAAAGAAGAGGUCGUCAUUCUUGAUGUGAACCACAUAUUCAGAAUGAGUCAUGUCGACUUUUUGCACAUGUUUGUUAUUCCAUUGCAAGAGCUUUUUGGUCGCGAUUCAUUCUGCCCAAUUAUGGUAGAUAUCGCUGAUUCGACUCUUGAAGAGCUUGUCGAAACAAAUCAUAGAUUGAUCGUAGUCGGUCCAUAUGAAAAUCAAGUAAUGGGUAUUGUGUAUUCAAAUGAGUAUAUUACCAGUCACUGGCCAAAUUUGAACUCAAUCUAUGAUCUCAUUGCUUUUAUGCGCAACGAGGUUAAUCAGAAAAAACCUCCAGUGUUGAAUGUUCUUCAAGGGAUGAUGACUGCAAGAUUAUCAGACAUUAUUCGCAAUUUGUUUGGAAAUUUGAGAGAAGACUUUGGGUUACCAUCUCGUAAAACCACAACUGACUUUAUCAAUUCUCUCACGUUCAAGGAGAAGGACAAUGUGAACAUAGUCAUAACCGAUGAAGUUGACGAGAAUUUCACAAAAGCCGUUGUGAAGCUAAAUACUAUGCUCCCUGAUGAGCUUUAA